GAAAGGAUUCCACAUGCCUCGCCUAAAUAAUCUAUUCACUUCCACCCUGAAGAUCGAUCCAUAAUUAUUGCAAAAAUGGUACUAAAAUCGUUCCAUAUCAAAUUGCAUAAUGCAACUGGAACAUAUGCUCCAGGUGAAGUUGUUUCCGGAGAUGUUAUCAUCGUCAUCUCAAAGAAGAAUCAAUUUUGUCUCGGAAUAAAGCUACAGUUUAAAGGGAAAGCUGAAGUUCAAUGGACCGGAUCCGACACGUCAGGCAACCACUGCCUAUAUUUAGCUACAGAAUCUUAUUUUUUGGCGGAAGAUUACAUAUACCAAGACCGAAACGAAGAUUCUGGCUUGACCCCAGGUCAGCACAUGUUUCCAUUCACUUUCCUCUUGCCAAAUAACAUACCUGAUAGCUUUUAUCAUAAAAAUGGCAGCGUCGACUACAGCAUCAAUGCGAUAAUGGAGGAGUGGGACAGCUUUCCUGCAGCUAAAAUUAAAUUCAAUGUGAAAUCUCUCGUAGAGCCGCAUCAAUACCCACCUAGACCGAUUAUCGACGAAUGCAGUCAAACCUAUUGGUCUUGCUUGCUCCCCUGCAUAUCGGCGGGUUCGAUGACUGUAAAAAUACGAAUUUCUGGAAGUACUUAUGCUGUUGGAGAUUCCAUUGACACGCUGAUAGACAUCCACCACAAUGUGAGUAUUGUUGGUAUUGAGAUGCAAUUGAAACAGAUAAUAGAUUUCCAUUCUACGUCGCCAUGUAGAGACACUAAACAUAAAGAAGAAACUGUUAAAAGUGGAACGCUGGAUGGACCGUAUGGUACCGAUGAGAUCUUCGAGAUGAGCUUGCAGGUACCUUGUGUUCCUCUUUCCGGUCUUCGACACUGCAAUCUCAUUGACAUCAGUUAUCGAUUACGUAUAUUGAUAUACGUAAAUGGAUGUCCCAGUCGAUUGGCGAGGGAGUAUGAUAUUGUCAUUGGAUCCAGAUCGGAAAGUUCUUCAAUCCCAUAUAAUGGAGCUACAGGUCUUCGAAUACCGAUUCCAUCAGCACCUCCUAUCCAACACAAUACCCCAGAGACACCACCUCCAUCAUAUCAAUCCGUUAUUGCCCAACAGGAUAAAGGAUAAUUAUGAUACUUGAUAAUUGUUAAAUGUGUGCUUUUGAGAAAGGGUUUUUCAAGUUUUUAACUCAGUUUUUCAAUGAUUUUUCACUCAAUAAUGUAUUCUCAUUUGUGGAAUAUUAAAUAGUUUUAUUUAUUA